CUAGGUUGCUGCGGCGGUCGGUCGCUUCCACAAGCGCGCGGCCGGGAGCUCACGCACUGCUGGUACCUACGAAGACGGCGACGGCAACAACCCGACCAGCCGAAACCCCGAACGACUCUGCCUACCACACAGACCGAGAAGCCCGACAUGGCCGACUUCCGGGGCUCUGUGAGCAACCAGGCGUCGGGAAGCGCCGACGGCGGCAUCGACGGCUUGGAGGAGACCCUCGGGCGGCUGGCCAAGAAGCCAGGCGUUCAAGCCACCAUCGUCCUGGACCGCACGUCGGGCGCCAUCCUCAAGACCAGCGGCGAGAUCUCCUCCAUCAGGACGUCCCGAAGCGACCCGCUGGCCGCCUCGUCAUUCUCGAGCGAGAAUGGGCCAUCCUCGGCCAGCGAGCCCCAGGGCGCCGAGCAGCUCGCCGCCAUGGUGUGGGGCUUCAUCAGCGCCGCGGGCGCGCUGGUGCACGACCUGGACUCUGAGGACGAGCUCAGGCUACUGCGAUUGCGGACGAAGAAGCAGGAGCUUGUCAUCGUGCCCGAUCCAAAGUACCUUCUGAUCGUUAUCCACGACACGCCGGCGGCCUGACGGACCCGAGCCACGAAAUCACCCAGGCCGCGGGGCCUCGACGCAUGCAGACUGCAACGCGCUCCUUGCUCGUCAAUGCCGCGUCAAAUUCCCCAGUCGGAAGACUCAUCCACCGCCAACCUCCAAUAUGGCAUCGUGAUUAGGCUGGCUGGUGACAUGUCAUUGGAGGAGCGCAGAGAGCAAAGCAAGGAAGAAGAGACAACAGCACAAAACACAAUGAUACCCCCGAGAUUACAAUGCUCCCAACGGCAGGCGGUUGAUUAGGGCCCCUGGGUCUUACAUGGCUCACCGGUAUUACUAGGUGCACUGUCACCAAUAUUGCAUGCAGGAGCCGGCGACCCCUUCAUGUGAGCAAGUGAAAAAAAAAAAAUCCCCGAGAUGUCAAGUCUCGAGCCCGGCCAUCGGGCAGAAGGUGGUGUUGGCAGUGGCAUCCGCCCUCGCGUGUCCUGCACCCGCCCGGGGUGAGAUGCACGUUGCCUUCGGCGCGUGGCGACUCUCCCGAAAACACUCAUCUCUUGUCAUUUCCCUCGGAACGAUUCCCGGGCGUGGCGGCAGAGGUGGAUGGGCAUGAGCGCAGGGGAGCGGCUGCGUACAUACCGCAAGGUCGUGUGGCCGGAUGCGACUUUGGGACUGGAGGACACUCUGGCUGCCGGUGGGAUAUUCAGCCUAUCUCAGGGGAAAUUGUGAUCCCGCAGCGAUCAAUUCCCGACAUCGUGGAUUUGAUUUCCCGAGCGACGCGAUGUCGCCUUUGCGCAGAAUGCACCCCCUCAGGGUGUUUGCUGGCACACAAGUGUGCGGGAGAGGGCCAAGGGAAGCACAGGUGUGUCGACAUAGCAUAAAUGUAAAAUCAAUCUUGUUUGUUUCCAUGUCUGGAGCGCCCAAAUCGGUGCCGAAUGCGCGUCUACGGCGUGGGCCCCUCGGGGAAAAUGUACCGUCCAAGAUUGCAUGGGGCAAUAUAUUGUUUACAACCUGCA